GUCAUCUUUCCUCUUUUAGGUAGAGAGCAGAUUAAAACUAAGAGAAGAGAACUGACUGGAGGAAAAAUGCUUUUAACUUCUGCAUCUUAUGCAGAAAACGGCCAAGAAUUGGAUGGGGAAAAAUGAGGAGAGUGUUGGUUGGAAACACUCACCUGAUAAGAAAAGCAAGUUGAAGCGAGCUGAAUGGAAUGAGCAUAUUUAUAACGUGCACCUCUGUCAGGCUUAGUUCUCUAUUCCCUUUGUCCUUAAGAUUUAUUUCUUCUCACUGUUUGUGCUACGCUUAAUUCUUCUGAGAAACUAUUGGGACAGGGGCUGUGGGGAGUACUACAAAAUGCGAUGUGUAACUCAGGAAAGUGGGAGAAACAUGAAAGAGUAUUUCAGAUAUAUUGGGAAUAUUUAUUAAAUAAUGGAAACGAGACCUGAAAUUUUUUGCAGAAAGCAGUUUUGCAGAUGAUAAAUAUGUAGGUGAUUGAACUGGAGAACUCAUUUUUGCGCAGAAUUGUAGAAAGCACAUUAGGAAAACUUUUAUUACAUUUCUCUGUAUAUGCUGUGCUGCCUUAGUUUUGGUUCAGCCUUUGAAUGCUGAAAUUUCAGUCAUCUGCGUUAUACCAGGAAUGCAUUCAUUUCUGUAAGUUACACGCAUAUUUAGAAGGAAAUCCACAUCCUGCUUUGCUUGGUUUUACUUUCAAAACAGUAUUUAAAGAUCAGAUGUUAUGAGAUGUUGUGGAAUUAAAAUUUUUUUCAGACAUAAUUUGCAUGAAGACUCUUGUGACAAAUCCAGAACAGAUUUAAUUUUUACUGCAAUUCAGGAGGCUUGUGUUUUUGUUUUCAGCACGACCAAAGGGCCUCCAGUACUGACCAUAAAUAUUAUUAUAACAAGUGAAAACUUUUAAGACAACUUUUGGCAGCCGUAGCUUCAGCGAUGAGGUUAAUGUGUCUUUAGACUUGUACACUGCAAGGCGUGGGGAUGAUCACAUCUGCUAUAUGUUCUGCUGAGGUUCAGCAAGGAACAAGGACUCGUGGCUCUUCUAGGGUGCAACCCUUAGUUGGAUCAGCUGUAUCAAUUUAAUCGAGCUAAUGCCAAUAGCUCAUAAGGCCAAAAGGAGUAAUUGUUCCUUCAUAACACAUCUGGAACAGAUUAUGUGGCUGAAGGAGUUCCUUCUGAUACUUUUUGAGAAAGGUGUACUUGUGGGAUAGGCUUGGACUGACUUUACUGAUAGUUCCGAAGUAUGCUGCAAACUGGCUUGGUCUGCCAAACAAAGUCUAGGAGACCGGUUUGCAUGUAUGAAUUAAUUACAGUAUUGAUUGUAUCAUGCUCAGUAGUGUUAGCUACAUUGCUCUGUCUUUCAGAAAACUCUGUUGAGUGAUGAAGCAAGUCCUAUUAACUGCUGUUCCAGUGUCUCCCACUAUGUUUUAAAGUCUGUUGUCUCUCACAGAGUCAUAGAAUUGCCGUGGGGGUCAUCUGAGAAAGGAAGUGGUGCAAGGCCUUUUGCUGCUGUCUUCCUCUGCUAGCUCAGAUGGUUCAUUUCAACAGUGUUUCAGGGAAGAGGAGGCUGAUUUAAGCCUUGUGCUGCGUGUGGGACUUGAUGGAGAAAAUUUUAAACUAUGUACUUAGUCCCUUGAUGACAAGAACAGGAGGAAUAAAGUAUGUGGCUUUUACUAGAAGCUUGCACAAAAGAAUUAGCAUAAGUAUUUUAGCUUGUGUCUUGUAACAGAGGGCUGCCAUCAGACAGGUAGGGUAGCCUGGCCCCGGUGGCUUUUAGUGGAUCUCUCCUAUUAUCUUCCUUGUCUGCUCAGUGAAGGAGGCUUUGCUUAUGCACCUGGGAUGAAAAUAUGUAAGAGGGUCUUUGGCUUGUAGGGCAAGAAUAUAAUGGCAUAAAAAAAGGCAUCUGGGAAGUACCUUUUCAUUCUUAAUGAUCACAGUGCUAAUAGGCUCUACAGUGCCUUUGUGCUUGCUAUUGACCAUACUUGGUAAUGGAGCCUUGAUCUGUUCCUCACGUAAUAGAUUAAAAAAAAAAAAAAAAGAAACUAUCAAUAUCAAGAGUGGAAAGAUCUGGAAAGAUCUAUUUUGGGGAGCUAAAGACAACUAUAUUAUAGAUGCUACCACCAGGAAAAUCUUCAAGAGCAUCAAUUCUUCUUUCAUCCCACCCCUAAAAUAAAGAUCCCAUGGAUAUUUUGUUUUGACAGCUUUCUCCUAGCAGCAGGAUGCAAAAUAGCAUCUUGUGUUCUUCAGGGUUGUUUUGUACUCUCAACAAAAAAAAAAAAGAAAAUCUGUUUGGGAAUAGAUUCAAAGUACUGAUUUAAGGGAGUUAUUUCAAAUGUUUCAAUCCGGAAUACCGAAGUCCUCCCUGUGUGUCAGUAACUUCAGCCCCAGCCUACAUAUGAGAAUGGGAAGUGGGAAAGGUUACAAUGAGAUCCAGAAAAUAUGCAUAGUUAAGCUGAUUGGAAAGCUCUGUGUUGUAGGAGAAAUAUGUACUUGCCUGCGGGGAGUUCUGCCACACCUCCUUUAUUCACGCAGGUAGAUGGGGAAGUUUGAGGGUUGGUCUGUAUUUUCAGAACUGUUUUAUUGUAAAUCUGCAGAGAUAAGGAAUGAUUGUCGAGAAGAGGAAGCAGAACAUGAUACUUUGUUGUCCUUCCUUUUGGUUAAAUCCUGUACUGUCUGUACUGUAGAACUGGAUUCUUUACCUGCUUGUUUCUCUGCUUCCAUGUAAUAAUUUUUUGUUGUCUUCCUGCUAUUCUGGCUUUCCAGCAGCUAUCCAUGCAGAAGGCUGCCAUGACCUAGUCAAAUAUUUGUGUUUUCUGUAUUUACCUAGGGAGGGAUACCCUUGUCCCCAGUGUUUGCCAUUGCCUUCCUAGAAUCUCAGCUUGUGGUUGUUUUGGAUAACCUCCCUGAGGAAGAUGGCCUCAGAAGAACAGGUCUGGCCGGUCCCAAUGAAGGCAAUUGGAGCACAAAACCUUUUGACGAUGCCUGGAGGAGUGACCAAAUCGGGCUAUCUUCAUAAAAAGGGAGGCACUCAGUUGCAGAUCUUGAAAUGGCCGCUGAGAUUUGUGAUUAUCCAUGAGGGAUGCAUUUACUACUUUAAGACCAGCACAUCUGCAUCUCCACAGGGUGCAUUUUCUUUGAAUGGUUACAACAGGGUUAUGCGGGCAGCUGAAGAGACGACAUCAAGCAAUGUGUUUCCUUUCAAGUUAGUUCACAUUAGCAAGAAGCACAGGACAUGGUUUUUUUCUGCUUCUUCUGAAGAUGAAAGAAAGAAUUGGAUGUUAUCCCUGAGGAGGGAAAUUGAUCACUACCACGAUAAGAAAGAAACAGUAACAGAAUUCAGUGACUCUGGUUCUGAUGCAGACAGUUUCUAUGGCUCAGUUGAACGUCCCAUUGAUAUCAAGUAUUCUCAUCAUUCAGCAGAUAAUGAAGAUUAUGACCAGGAGGAAGAUGAUGAGUCUUACUUGCAACCAGAUACUUCUGACAUAGUGAAAGAUGAUAUCAUGGUUCUGCCCCCAGCCUACCCACCUCCACCGGUCCCUCAUGUCAGAAAAGCUGCCUACUCAGAGUCGAGGUCACAUUCCUUUAGUGGAAAAACUGCUGGGUCAGCAGCACCACCACCACCUCCAAAAAGGAGCUUACCUGAGAUCAAGACAGAGGAUUUCUUCAGUGUGAGAGAGCCCCAGUUACCGUGCCGAGCUGAACCUAACCUAAAGAUUCAGUCCUCCAGCCGGAGACCAAGUGAGCAGCUGCCUCCUGUGCCCCCUUUACCUCUUUUCAAAAAGCCUUUUUGUGUCAAAGAACCUUCCUUACUGCCUCCGGAACCUCUGCCUCUAUCUCACGUUCUCAAUACUCCAGAAGGAUGCGAGAAGCUAAAAACUUUAAACCUUUCACCACGGACUCCUCCUCCACUGCCAAGCAAUAAACCCAAGUUGUCCCAGAUAACGGAAAAACCAGUAGAAACCAAAGUGCCAAGAGAACAUGGUAAACCAGCACUGUUUGUGCCACCAGUGCUUCCAAAGCCACCUGUGCCAGGCCACCAGCAUCCUGUACUUAAACCUAGACCAGAGAAGCCUUCGUGUCCCCAAUUACAGAGAUCACCACCAGAUGGGCAGAGUUUUAGAAGCUUCUCAUUUGAAAAACCAGCACUGCCCUCCAAGCCAAAUCAAGCGAAUGAUGAUUCUGAUGAUGACUAUGAAAAAGUUGAGCUGCCUACUUCAAUAUUUAUUAAUACCUCUGAAUCCUUAGAAGUUGAAAGGAUAUUUAAAGCUACUAGCCCAAAGGGACAGCCACAAAAUGGAUUAUACUGUAUUAGGAACUCAUCUACUAAGGCUGGAAAGGUAUUAGUUGUAUGGGAUCAAUCUGCAGAAAAAGUGAGAAACUACAGAAUAUUUGAAAAGGACUGUAAAUUCUACCUGGAUGCAGACAUCAUGUUUCUGAACAUGGGGAGUUUGGUUGAAUACUAUAGCACUCAUGUCCUACCUAGUCAUGGCAGCCUGAUUCUUCGGUGUCCUUAUGGUUACUCUAAACCAAGGUGACAGGGCCGGCAUAAUUCACUGACACUGAGGAAAAAUGGGUUCUCUGCUGUCUUGGAAUUAAAUGUGGACUUCUGCCAUUGUUGGAUUUCCCGUUGUUUGCACACACAACCUGAGUUUAUUUCAACCAUUUGUUCUCAUGUGAGCUACAUCUCCACUUAAUGAACUCUUGGUAAAGUUUUGUAAUGCAGAUCAGUGGAUUUUGUGCCUUUCUCUCAGAAAGAUCUGAACAGACUACUCUGUGAAGGCCAUCUGCAACACCUGCACCUUUUUUUUUGAAACUGCUGCUAUUACUGAUCUCCUUGGAAUGUGGAGGAGAACAAUGUCCACAUGAACAAAGAAGUGUUGUGAAUACAACCAAAACGGAAGAGGGAAACUUCUGAAAAUACAUCAGAAUUCAUUUGUGGCAGGGGAAAUACUAAUAUUCUGACUUGAAGGUUUUUACUCCUUAAGUCAGGGCUGGUGCUGAACUUGUAUUAAUUGUAUAGUUGAUGUGUAAAUAAUGAAGUCUUUUGUGCAAAUAAUUUGGUUUACUACAGGUAAAGACUGGAAAAGAUUGGGAAAUGCAACAUCUUCUAAACCAAUUGAUACAUAAAUGUAAUUUGUGAUUAAAAUGUCCACAGUAAUCAGUACUGGGGUACUGUCCAACAGAUAGGGUUAUGGAAUCAUAUAUAUUACUUAAGAACACUCCAAGUAGGUCUAGGGCAAUGCUGAUUUGGUUUUAAUGGGAGUCCCAUUCUUUAUUUCCAAACCAGAAUGUUUUUUAAAACACAAGAAAAAGCUACAAUUAUUGUGAUGUUACAAUUGUUCUAUAAAAUUUCAUGGUCAGUUUGUGAAGACCAGGUUGUCAGCCAAUUGCAUUCUCUUCUGUUCCAGUGCAAAGCACUCUGUUCUAGUCUACUUUUUGUAGAACUCCACUAAUUUUUUCAUUAUUAAAAUCUCUAUUAGAUCAAAGCAAAUGCAAUGCAAACAAGAUAAAAUUAGUUUUUAAUGUACCAUCAACACUAUCAAUUAUAGGUGUUUGCAGGGUGCUUAUGUUUGUUCCCUAAUAACACAAGGGCUUGGUGGUUCUGGUAUUGCCCUACUCCUGAAUUUUUGUAAAGAGAAAGCUAUUUAUUUUAUUGGCCUGCUACAAUAACUUGGUUAAUUCAAAACUACUGUCAAAUUAUCUUUAAUAAUGUUUAUGAGACUUAAUAAAAAGAAAGAAUAAUUUGCUAUAACUUUUGAAAUAGGAGAAGCUAUCUGGUUUCUGUCAGUUUGAAUCCAUAAAUUCCACUUUUCUGCUACCUUUACAGAGGUUAUACAUGUCAGGUUUAAUCUUAUUGUUAUUAAAUGGUCACAGCUUUAAGAACAAUGUUACAGAAUAAGAAUUUCGUUUUAUGAAAACAGUAAAAUAGGAUUUAAUCCCUAAGGGAUUUUUCUUAAUAAGCUGUAAUAAUAGGACCUCACAUAGAGCCAGCAAUUCUUACCUUAAUUCCUUCAUUUUGUUUGAGACUGAUAUGCACAAUAUCAGUCAUCUGCUUUCUGUUCCCACUGUAAUAAACUUUUUUUGUGAGUGUAAAUUAAAGAAUGUGCAGUACUUAAAUUUCAGAUUCUGUUGAAUAUCGGAUAUAUCAGAUUUGUAAUUCCUUUUAUUUUAGAUAAGUAUGUCUGUGGUUCAGUGGUCUGAUGUGAUCCACUCCACAAAGAAAGCUCAGCCAACAGAGCACUCAUAAAAACGUGGCUUUUUUAGAUGCGCGUAUCUGUAUUUUAGGCAAGCUUUAGGUUGUUUUUUUUGUUUGUUUUUUGUUUUUGUUUUUUUUUUUUGUUCUUUUUUACAGUAUUUUUAUGUACUGUUUACAGAGUAAAUUCUUCUCUCUCUAGGAAUAACUGACUCCAUCAUGACAGUCAUACUUACAAUGUGCUAUGGGGCCAAAUUCAGGUAUUAUUUUUUUAUUUUUCUUUGCAAAUAUACUCUCAAGAUUUUUGAACUGUAAAAAUACUUGUGUAAUCCAGUACAUAUAAACCAUAACACUGUCUUUACCUGUAUAAGACUUGCCAAUAUGUAAAUGUUAAUGUUAAUUUUCUUUUUAUACAAAUGUAUGUAUUUCUGAAGUGGAUAAACUUCCAAUGCCAACUCA